AUGAGCUGCACCAUCACUUUGACAAAGACCAAGACCGCCACCGCUACGACGGAACCAGAGGUCAAACCGACAUCCACCGCCUCCUCCCUCCUCUCCCGCGCAGCAGACAUUGUUCCAGAAGUCGCCGCUGCCACCGGACUAGACAUAGGUAUCACUUUCUUCACCCCCUUCUCCCAGUACUCGGAUGCUCUCUCCACGGCUUCAAAGCAUGAGAAAAGCUGGGCGGCCAGCCAGCUGACAGAAGAGUGGAAACAGAGUGGCCUAGGUAAAGUUGUCGGUGGCUCAGUCCCCAGGGCUUUGAACUCCUGGGCAAGCAUGAGCGGAUCAUCCCAGAGUGAUGGGGUACGAGAUGAAGUGAAGGAGGCCUUGAGCAAGGCCAGGGAUGCCAUGAGCUGCUUCAAAGGGGCAAGUAUUGACGAUGAAAGCUUGAAAGCCAGGAUAAGCGACCUCCUCGACGAUGCGUGCUCGUUGGCGUUGAGUGACGAAGAGAGCGACCCGCCCGCGCAUAGUGAAGAAGAAGAGUCGUUCAUCUUGGAGCAGCGCCAAAGGCACCUCUCGCCAUACACCAACCAGCGCGGCUCUGAGCUUUGA